AGGAUCUGUCAAGAACGAUGAUGUGGUGGAGAAGUGCAGCAUUGGUGGUGGUGAUGCUGGUUGCCAUGUCAACGGUUGCCAUGUCAGCUGUUGUCGGACCCAAGGACCCCCUCUACCCGGACAACAUCGUACAGCCUAGGGUGAACUGCUCUAAGGAAGGCGUCUUCCCUCAUCCUAGAAACUGCAGCUGGUUCUACAGGUGUGUGGACAGGAUGAAGGUGGGCUUCUACAACACCUACCUGUUCGAGUGUGGCCCCGGCACCGUCUUCGCCGACGACCUCGACCAGUGUGUCUUCCCCUUCAUGACGGCGCCUCCUUGUGGCACCGGAACGGGAGUGCCACCCAUUACAUUACCUACAACUAGACCCACAUUAACUCCAUCUACACCCAUAUUAACUCCAUCUACACCCACAUUAACUACCCCCACAUUAGCUCCAUCUACACCCACAUUAACUCCUACACCCACAUUAACUCCUACACCUACACCUACAUUAACUCCUACACCUACAUUAACUCCUACACUCAUAUUAACUCCUACACCCAUAUUAACUCCUACACCCACAUUAACUCCAACUACCACAACAGUAAUACCUACAAGUCCAGGUAAACAGUGCGCGCUCACAGACACGAAAUGUCAGACGUACCAGGUGUGUCAGCCCACCAGAGCCACCAAGACGCUGUGUAGCACGCUGUGUUUGGUGGAAAAUGGUUACCCCAUCCAGGCCAGCGACAUCUGCGUGGCCGAACAACUCAUUGACAAGAACCUCAACAUGUGUGUCCCUCGCCCUAAAGAUAAUGAGUUGUGUUAACAGAUAAGGACGACGCUUCUCAACUAACACCACUGUUGAUGUGAGGGUAGUAAUAGCCUAAGAUGCUGCAUCCGAUAGGCGUAUAUUAUUAUCCCAAUAUACUCGAAUUUGAACCCUGUUGACACCUCUUAUGACGAUAUUCAAGGCUUUGACGCCCGUCACUAGACACCAGCAAGUAGUUUUAGCUUUGUUAUUUGGCUUGGCUCUUUCUCCCAAGAUAAUUCCCUUCCCUUCUGACACCCUUUUAUAUAAUGGCGUCAUAUAUUUUCCAACUGCUGUAUAGUUAUACUGGCUUAGUACCUUCUGAUCACUACCCACCUUGAUAUCAAUCAGUAAUACACAGCUACAAUUUGAUAUCUUAUUACUCUUAUACUUGAUAUUCAACGCUUUAAAUCAUGUGUGAUAUCAGCUAGGCAUGAUCCCACAACCCUCCCUGAUCCCUUUGGGCACCCUACAACCUUCCCCACUCAGCACCCCACAACCCUCCGUGAUCCUAUUCAGUACCCCACAACUCUACAAGAUUCCCUCAAAACUCCACAAGCUGUAUCCCCCCCCCCCCACACACAACAACUCUACGCAAUUCAACUCUACAACCAACAACUGUGUACCCCCCUUCCCCCACCCCCCUCACUCACAAAUCACCAUGGCAUUGUUAUUUGCAUUAAAAAUCCUCGUAACGUUUAAGUAUUUCAUAACUAGUAUUUUAUUUCUAAUUGUCAAAAACUUGUCAUUUGGCAAGGGUUCACAAUUAUGAAUGAUAUAUAUAGAUGUCUAUUUUAGCAUUUAAUAUAAAUUAUAGACCUGAAUGUUUAUAAAAAGAGUUGUUAUAGGAAGUUUGUUUUUGUUUACUUGUUUAUAAUUGUGAAAAAGGUACAUUUAAAUAUUAAUGUUUUUACGUGAUUAUAUUUAUGCAAGCAUUAUUAUUUUGUUUCAUUACCUUGAACUAUUUGCUUAGUUCGUCAUGUAUUUACAAAUUACUAGGCUUAACGUUAAAGUAAAUUGCGAAAUAGAACGUUUGGUUAAGUUUCUGUUUUAAUGUUUCAUUUUUGUAAUGUAACAUUGACAUUGUAUAUGCUGUUCUGGCCUGAGGGAGUUGGGGCUUAUGGAACUUAUACCUCCAAAGAGAACUCUGGUUAUUGUACCAGGCUGUUACUUGCGUACAGGUGUACAACAUCCCCCCAACCACGAUCUACCGGAACAGACAACCGACCUCGGUAGCCACACUCCCGCUACCGUCGGUCGACCAAUA